AUGGCAUCGGUUUACGCCACCCUAGCCUACUGGCUCGUAAACCACCCCAACAUUGCCAAUUUUACGUGGACUGAAGGUGAAACCCUUGGCUCCACAGUAUUCUUCGUCUUCGUUGUAGUCUCCGUUUAUCUCUCGGCCACAUUCCUCCUUCGAUAUGUCAUGGUUUCACUCCCCGCACUCGGUCCACGAAUCCUCAAACCAAUCACAGCCAUCCACAGCCUUAUCCUCUGCCUCCUCUCCCUAACCAUGGCCGUUGGUUGCACUCUCUCCCUAGCCUCGUCGCCUGACAUUGUGCCAUCAAACCCUACAGCGCGUUUCUUCCGGUCGAUUUGUUUACCCCUCGACGUGAAGCCUAGUGGACCGCUCUUCUUUUGGGCUCAAGUCUUCUACCUCUCGAAGAUCCUUGAGUUUGGAGACACACUCCUCAUCAUACUCGGCAAAUCAUUCCAACGGCUCUCGUUUCUCCAUGUGUAUCACCAUGCAGUGGUUGUGAUCAUGUGCUUUGUUUGGCUUCGAACUCGACAAUCCAUGUUUCCCUUCGGGCUAGUGGCUAAUUCGACGGUCCAUGUCAUCAUGUACGGUUACUACUUCCUAUGCGCCAUAGGAUGUAGGCCGAAGUGGAAGAGGCUGGUGACGGAUUGUCAGGUUUUGCAGUUUCUUUUGGCAUUUGGGUUUGCCGGUUGGAUGUUCCAAGAGCAUGUUUUCGGGUCGGGAUGCUCUGGUUUUUGGGCAUGUGGUUUCAACGGUGUGUUUAAUGCUUCUCUCUUGGCUCUCUUCUUCAACUUCCGCUCCAAGAAUUAUGCCAAGAAGACAAUACUGGAUACGUGGGCAGAAAUGAUUAAAGAUGUUGGUAAAAAGGCGAUUGGAUCCAAAAAGAUUGAUUAAAUAAUUUUGAAUGGUUAAAUAU